AUGACUGAGAGUAAGGUGAAAUAUUAUCCUAAUUGCGAUGGCAAUGUCUGGUUGAGAUCUUGUGACGUAGAGGCGAUCGAACCUAUAGAUGGCAAUAUUACAGGGGAAUUACCUUCGUGGCUACGAGGAACUUUGCUACGAAACGGUCCCGGCUCAUUGAAAGUUGGCACAAUGAGGUUUAAGCAUUUGUUUGAUAGUGCUGCCCUCUUGCACAGAUUUUCCAUUCAAGAUGGCCAUAUCACAUACCAGUGCCGCUUCUUGCAAUCGAACACAUUCAAAAGAAAUCGUGCAGCAAAUCGUAUAGUUGUUACGGAGUUCGGCACUCAGGCUGUGCCAGACCCUUGCCACACUAUAUUUGAUAGGGUCUCAGCUCUCUUUAAACCGGGGGAUUCAAUAUCGGAUAACGCUAUGAUAUCAGUCUAUCCUUUCGGGGACGAAAUGUAUGUAUUUACAGAAGGGCCAGUUAUACACAGAAUAGACCCAGUAACCCUGGACACGUUACAGAGGAAAAAUUUGACAGAAAGUAUUGCUCUUAUUAACCACACCUCACACCCACAUGUGAUGCCAAACGGUGACGUCUAUAACGUCGGUAUGUCUUUAUUGUCGGGGCGGUUGCGACAUGUGGUAGUGAAGUUUCCUUUUACCGAAAAGGGAGAUAUGUUUGAAAACGCUCAAAUAGUUGGUUCUAUGAACCCUCGUUGGGCGAUGCACCCGGCGUACAUGCACACAUUUGGAAUUACAGAAAAUUAUUUCGUAAUAAUAGAACAACCACUGUCAGUGUCUGUAUGCAGAGUGGUGCGCAAUCAGUUGGCAAACCAACCCAUGGUCUCAAGCCUGCAGUGGUAUCCGGAAUAUGAGACACACAUAGUACUCAUUAGUCGGCAGACCGGUGACGAAGUAGUGAGGUAUAGAACAGAAGCUAUAUUUUUUCUACACAUUAUCAACUGUUUUGAGAAGGACAAUAAAUUAAUUGUUGAUUUGUGUGCCUACAAGGACGCUAAAGUUCUAGAUGCUAUGUACGUGCACGCCAUUGAAAGUAUGCAAAGUAAUGCUGACUACGCCGAAUGGUUUCGGAGCCGGCCUAAGAGGCUGGAAGUGAGCUUAGACGCCCCUCACUUAACGAAGAUCGAGCCGAGGCUGUUAGCGGAUUUAGGCUGUGAAACUCCAAGAAUACACUACGAUCAAUAUAAUGGUCGGCCAUACAGAUAUUUUUACGCCAUCAGUUCCGAUGUGGACGCAGAAAAUCCUGGAACGAUUAUUAAGGUGGACACAGUAUCAGGCGAAACUAAGACCUGGUGCGAUGAAGACUGCUAUCCCAGUGAACCAGUUUUUAUACCUCAUCCUCAAGCUAAGGAGGAAGACGAUGGUGUCAUCGUAAGUGCUAUGGUGUUUGGUAAAAAAGAAUGCGCGGUGGCCUUAGUAGUGCUGGAUGCUGCGUCUCUACAAGAGCUGGCUCGAGCUUACUUUGAUACUCCUUCACCAGCCCCUAAAUGUUUACAUGGCUGGUUUCUACCGAAUACCCCU